UGGUCAGAGAACAGUGCCUGAGAGUGCAGAGGUGCUGGCUCUUUCACUGGCCUUUAUACACACACACACAGGCUAAGUGCUGGGUACACUCAACUCUGUCUGCUGCCCGGAUUUACCCUCUUAAUCUCCAACAGUGCAGCCGUUUAGAGGCAGAGGACACCGGAGCACCUUCAGCAUCAGGGUUCUUAAGCAGCCAGGCAAGGAAACGCCAGCCCUCUCCUUCAGCUGUGACGACGGGUUCUCCCAAGCUUCGCAAGUUCAUCAGAGCUUCAGCCCGAAAGCUGAAUCCAAAGAUUUCCUCGGAAAGGUGUCGAAACGAAAGCAGAACUUGCCAUGGUAGACCUCUUCUUGGGCAAAGUCCUGGUGAAGAACAACAAGGACAAGGAUGAGCUGGACACGGAGCGCGAGAUCAUCCUGCGCCUCCAGAACCGGAUCCUCAUGCUGUUCUUCGGCUCGGGCGACUGUGAGAGAUGUCAGGACUUCGCCCCCACACUCAAAGCCUUCUUCAAAAAACUGACGGAUGAGUUCUACGUGGAGCGCUCGGCACAGCUGGUGCUGCUCUACAUCUCUCUGGACACCUCGGAGGAUCAGCAGGAGAAGUUCCUGAAGGAGCUGCCCAAACGCUGCUUGUUCCUGCCCUAUGAGGACCCCUACAGGAAGGAGCUGGGGGUGAUGUUUGAGGUGGAGGACCUGCCCACGGUUGUGGUCCUGCGGCCUGACUGCUCGGUCCUGUCUCCGAACGCCGUGAAGGAAAUCUGCACGCUCGGGCCGGACUGCUUCCGCAACUGGCAGGAAGGGGCUGAGCUCAUCGACAGGAACUUCAUGAUGAACGAGGAGUUCGACGACAGCAAUAUGCGCAGCAUGACGGACCCCAUCCGCCGGCUCAAAUACAAGGUGGAGGACAAGAAGAAAAAGAAGAAGAAAGACGAUGAUGAUGACGACGAUGACAAUGACGGAGGUGGAGGGCCUUGGGGUUGAGACUGAUAUGGCGACACCGAAAUCUUCCUCUGCACUCAGAAACUCGAAGCUUGUCAAUCAGCUACAGCUCAGUUUGGGAUUGGCUGCCUGUCUUGGAUUAGACCAACCGAUUGGUUGAUUGAUCUGCCAGAAAUGCUUCUGUUUAACAUUAGCAUUAGCAGUCAGACGUUAAGGGUUUAUACUAAACAUACUGCUAAUAUGAGGCUAUAGGGAAAUGUAGCACUAUGGUGGAGCAGCCUUACUGGAAAAAUAAAAGAACAGCCGACUGGACAAAGACUUGUGAAAGGUGGUCAGAAACAGGUUCCAGUGGCUGGCCUUUCCUGCAGAUGUUUACGUGUUAGAUCAUACACACAAAACUUUAGAGUACAUUGGUCUAUAUUUAUUGUCACUGCAUAGAUGAAUAGAUCAUGUAUUUCUUUUCUUUUUUAAAAAUCAGCAAAUAUAAUUCAGAGUUUCUGCUGUUUUCUGUUCAGUGGGUUCUCCGAAAUGUACUCUGAAUGUGAAGUUACCUUGAUCAGAAUUUCUAAGCAGGUACCUUGUAGGAUGUGGGAUUAGCAUUUUUCACAGUCAACUAUUCACCCUUUAAGGCCAACUUCUCAGAGCUGUUGUUGCAUUUGAUGUACAAAGAAUGUAAUACAUACAAAGCCAAAAAUGUCUUUCAUAAACUGGACAAGAGAACUCAUGAAAAGCAACAUAAAAAUAAACUCGUAUCCAAGCCGAACUAUA